AUGAUAUUGGAUUUCAUGGAAAUGACAGAUGGUGACAUGGAAAUGAUAAUAUUACCAAUUACAGAAGCACACACUUAUCAACUGUCGACUGCAGAGAAUGAACUAGGCGUUGUGAUGGCUCAUUCAGAGCAAGGUCAUCCCAUGGUACCUAUUAGUUGGACUGAAAUGCAGUGCUCGAAAACUUUCGUCAAGGAACCUAGAAAAGUGGCGAAAGUUGUUCCAGAACAUCUGACCAAGGAGAAAUCGGAACCGAAGGCAGGCUGAAAUCAAUUGGAAUUGGAAUGUUUGUUGGUUUUGUGCAGUGUGGUAUUCAAAAGCCAAAUAAUAUACCUACAAUGAUGUCGACUAAGAACUUUUAU